AUGAGUUUUAACUGCGGUAUAGUUGGGCUACCUAACGUUGGGAAGUCAACCUUGUUUAAUGCACUUACGCAAUCAAAUUUGGCUGAAGCUGCAAAUUACCCUUUCUGUACAAUAGAGCCAAAUGUAGGCAAGGUUUCCAUAAGAGAUCAACGCCUAAGGCAGAUUGCGUCACUUGCUGGUUCAGAGAAAGUUAUCUACAAUCAGCUAGAGUUUGUGGAUAUUGCAGGUUUAGUAAAAGGUGCAAGUAAGGGAGAAGGUUUAGGCAAUAAGUUUUUGAGUCACAUAAGGGAAGUUGACGCUAUUGUCCAUCUGUUAAGGUGUUUUGUGGAUGAAGACAUUAACCACGUACACAACAAAAUCGACCCAAUACUAGAUGCUGAGGUGGUUGAGAUGGAGCUGAUUUUAGCUGAUAUUGAUAGUAUAGAAAAAAGAUUACCUCAAAUGGAAAAGAAGGCGAAGCAGGGAGAUAAGGAGCUAAAACAGCAAUUGGAUUUAGUGCAGGAAAUAUUAGCUGUGCUAAAAUCAGGCAAACCUGCGAGAGGAUUCAAAAAUGCGAGCCCAGAUGAAAUGAAAUCGUUGCAGUUAUUAACCACAAAACCGGUGAUGUAUGUUUGCAAUGUUGAAGAUGUGAAUGUGGUAAGUGGUAACGCACUAUCUGAUACAGUAAAGAAAAUGGCUGAAGAGAAUGGAAGUAAAUUCUACUGCAUUUCAGCAAAGCUUGAAGCAGAUAUUGCAGACCUUGAAGGUGAAGAAGAGAGGAAGAGUUUUCUACAAGAAUUUGGCUUACAGGAGUCAGGAUUAGAUUCAAUAGCGCGUAUUAUGUACGAGAUUCUAAGUAUGAUAACUUUCUUUACUGUUGGUCCAAAGGAAGCGCGGGCAUGGCCAGUAAAGCUAGGAUCAACCGCAGAUCAAGCAGCAGGAGUGAUCCACACUGACUUUGAGAAGGGUUUCAUAAAGGCAGAAACGAUAAGUUUUGAAGAUUAUAUCAAAUAUGGAAGUGAAUUGGCCUGCAAAGAAGCAGGGAAAAUGCGUUUUGAAGGCCGAGAUUAUAUUGUUCAGGAUGGAGACAUAAUGCACUUUAGAUUUAAUGUGUAA